AUGGAUUUGUGCGAGCGUUUCGAUGCAGGACUGUCUGCACCUGUGGAGGAGGACUGGCACAAAGAGCUGCGGAUGGACCCCCAGGAUGGCCACAAAUACAAGCUCGAAGAAUUGUGCAAGAAGUAUGCUGCUACUCGUUCUCGCUUUGAUGCGGAGCAGUACUUCUGCAGUCAUUGCUGGUGCACAGAUAGUUCAAAAUGUCCCGAAACUUUCGCCUUUGAUGGUCUUUGGACCUAUUCGUCAGGCUCCUUGAAGUUGGGUGACGGAGCGAUUUGUUGGCAGAGCGGUUUGGUGACCCACAUCAAUGCCACUAGCGACAUUGCGUUUGACAUGGAAUUGGAUGGGGAGAUCUUCCAGGUUGCUUGA